AUGGAGACCUCUUCUAAGUUUGCUAUUCCUGAGGAAUUUAAAGACCAGUUGCGUUAUGUCGAUGCUCUCGACAAGCGUUCGGAUGAAGAGAUCCUAGCCUCAUUCGAGAACCCUGCACCGGUCACAUCCGAAAAGAACAUAUGGGCGUAUUGGGAUAAAGGUAUCCGUGCCAUGCCUGGCUGGUGCCUUCGCAAUGUCCUCAACUGGGUUCGUCUGUGUGGUCCAUCCUGGACGGUGCGCAUUCUCGAUAGUGUUCCCGACUCGGCAAACAACGCCCUCAAAUGGCUAUCUCCAGACAUCUUACCUCAAGCCUUUAUCAAAGGCACCAUGACUGGAGUAUACGUCGGCCCUCAUAGCUCCGACUUUCUUCGAGGAGCUUGCCUGUGGACAUACGGAGGAGUGUAUAUGGAUGUUGGAAUCAUCCUGAUCCGCGACAUGGAUCGCAUUUGUUGGAAUCAGCUCGCCGAUCCAAAUUCGCCAUACCAGAUUAGUUGCCCCGUAAUGUACGGCACUACCCUGGCCAACCACUUUGUGGCCAGUCGCAAGGGAGACCCUUUUAUCAAGCGCUGGCAUGACCUCUUUGUAUACUUGUGGAAAGAUCGCCAAAACCAUGAGGGGAUCUUCCAGAGCCCCUUGGUGGCUUUUGCACUGAACCAAUCUUUCGAUGAAUCCCGCCAGAGCAACUUCCACUGGGACUUCAAAGUGGAACCCCAGAUGGUGUUAGAGUAUAUUUCACAGGUACUCUCUUGGAGUAGAUUGUGCAUGUUGGAGGAUGCCGGGGAUGGCUUCAGUGGGGUGGAUUACUGGCAGAGACAUGUUCUGCCGUUCAGUGCUUUGCACGAAUGCUGGAGAGCGGAGAAGACAAUUGGAUUUGGAGGACCACUUCUCUUUAAUGCUCUUGCGACCAAAUUGGAUGCGGAUCCAAACUCCGAGGAAUACAAGACGGCGUACAAGUUGGUCUGGCAACUGCUGACGAAAUCCUCAUUGCAGAAAAUCACACACGGCAAGAAUUUGACUCUGACUCCCGCGUGUGGUGCUCUCUGGGAAGAGGAAGGAAACGAGAACAAGGAUCAUGAGCCCGGCACUUUCGCUGAACUGCUCAGAUACGGAACUAUCCAUUUUGAACAAACCAGAGAAAGUAUCGAGAUGAUAGAAGCGGAACGACCAAAGGUGACAAUGAAAAAAAGUCUGCUGGAGCCAUAG